ACACUGCACUUCCGCUUUUUCAAGAUCAAUCUCUAUCUCUAUUCAUAAAAAAGUUCUUUCCUUUUUGUCAAAUUCUUUCAAUUUCUCACUUGAAUUCCCUACGAAUUACUCUCACUUCGGAUCCAAUCAGCUCUUUAUAGCCUCUGCGUUUGGGAGUCAAUCUUUCUCUCUUCGAUAAUUAAGGGUUUCGUACAAAGAUUGCGGUUUUACGACAGGAUUCUGUGUAAGGAGAAGAAGGUAUACAAGAAGGGCUAGUUUCAUUUGGAUGGAAAGUAUAUGGUAGGUUUACGCAUUAAUAUGGAAGCGCAGAUUCAUAUACUUGAGCAGGAAGCUUAUUCUGCUGUAUUAAGGGCUUUUCAAGCACAGGCUGAUGAAUUUUCUUGGGAUAAACAAGAUGUGAUGACAAACCUACGUAAAGAAUUGAGGAUAUCUGAUGAUGAAAACCGAGAACUGUUGAACAAUCUUCAUAAUGGUGAUCUUAUCAAAAGAAUAAGAGAUUCGAGACCUAGAGGUGGAAACCAGGUUGUUAGACAUCAAUCCCUCGAUGUUCUUCCUAGUCCGACCUUUUCAGCUUCUCGGAAGAAGCAGAAGACGUUCCAAUCCUAUCCGUCGAUUGGUUCUACUAGAAAUAAGUCGUUCAAUAACCGUGUAGUAACUGCAAAUGAACCCGCUGAAGCUCUUAUUGGAAGAAAAGUGUGGACAAAAUGGCCUGAUGACAACAGCUUUUAUGAAGCAGUAGUGACACAAUACAAUGCAUAUGAGGGUCGACAUGCGUUGGUAUAUGACAUAAACACAGCAAAUGAGACAUGGGAAUGGGUUGAUCUUAAGGAGAUUCCACCGGAAGAUAUAAGAUGGGAUGGAGAGGAGAAUGGGGUAACUUUGAAUGUAGGACAUGGCGGUGGAACAACCCGUGGGAAUCGAAGAACCUUAAGCCAUGGUGGUAGAGGGAGAGGUCCAAGAACUCAGCCAAGAAGAGAACAUUUAGCAAUGGAAAACGGUGGUGGGAGGAAGUUUUUCGAUGAGAUUGAAUUGUUCAACACAGACUCACUCGUGAAAGAGGUGGAGAGAGUUUUUGAUUCUAACCUUCCUGAUCCACAUGAGCUUGAUAAGGCCAAGAAACUACUCAAGGAACAUGAACAAGCGCUUAUUGCUGCCAUUGCAAGGCUUGCAGAUGCUUCUGAUUACGAAACCGAUGGAGAAGAACCGUAUUCGCAUGAGCUUCCAAUGCUGCUGGGAUGACACUAGAUCAAAAAACACCAUCAACCCUAGGAAAAAUGACCAGCAAUAUUUCUUUUUUCUUUUUAUUCUGCUAUGCUUUAAGCCUAAGGGAUCCUAGAAAAGGAUUUUGUUCAUAUAUGAUAAACAUUAGUAUUCUUUUAAGUUGUGGUUUCAGAUGUAUGAUAUAUAUUCGUUAGGAAUUUUGUUUGUAAAAACACAAUAUAUUCUUUUUGAAAUUUCUGAAGCUGUGUGACCAUCAUCAGGCUUGCCAUCAA